AUGAGUGAUGUUGUUUGGCCAGAGUUCUUCAACGUGUUAUUCUUUAUUGAACGACCACCCUCUUUCGAUGAUCCAUCAUCGUACAAACGAUUUAAACAAAUGAUCUCUGAAAUCGAGUCAAUUCCGGGUACUGUGAACAAUUCGGGUAUGAUGUGGAUUAACGAUUUUAAACGUCACACUGAUACGAAGGAUAACGAAACU